GUUUGUUGUUCUGUAGAACAGAGAAAGGCUUGAUGCUCUUUUUUUAUUAAACUCCAGCCUGUCUGAGAAGAACUCAGAAGAAAAGACGUCCACAAAAAGUUCCUAUUUGAAAUUUAUCCACAAGAUGGCUGAAGGCGGUCAUUUCUCUGUCUUGGAUGAGGAAGAAUGUGAGGAUGAAGAGGACUUUAUGCCGGGUCCUUUUGUGAAGGAAUUUAUACCGGCUCCUUUCAUGUACACAGUUGUUACAGAGCUCAUGAAGCAGGGAGAUGAAAACGUCAAAGCGAAGCUACAUGAAGAUGCAUUGAUGUGUUACACCUUAGCGUUAAACCAGCAGGCUCCUCCCUCCAUGGAUAUAGCCAUCAUUUCCGAAAAGCUAUAUCGCAAAAGAGCCGUGUGUUACUUUAAGAUGGGCAAGUAUCUUGAGGCUGUCCACGACAGUGAAAGAGCUAUCGAAAUAGCUGAUGGAACUGACAAUAAAAACUUGGCAAAGUCUCUUUUCAUCAAGACGAAAGCAAUCAUGAGUCUUGAAGAUUACGUUGCGGCUUUUCCAAUAGCAGUCUGGUGCAAGCAUUUACGACCAAACUGUUCGACAACUAAAACAGUUGUGAAUGAUCUGAAGGAGAAACUAAAGGAGGAGUUUAGAAAAGAUGAUUUCAUGAUCAAGGUAGUACUCUUUAAGACGCUUGAGCUUGCCGACGAAGUGUCUAUUGACCCAAAGACCCGUGGACUAGCUCUGGACUGUUAUAAUGAACUUCUGAACUUAUUAGACUUCAAGAUUUUACCCGGAGUCCAAAUUAGAAAGGCUGAGUGUCUGUUACAAAUGGGAAGAUGCAAAGAAGCAAAAGAUGUCUGUGCAGAGGUACUUUGGCUACGAUGCAAUGAUGUGGAAGCUUUACACCUAAUGAGCGAAAUUACGCGGCAAAUAAGACAAAACAAAAUGAAAGAAGCAAGAGAAAAGAAGAAGCCAAAUAUUAACAAGUCAGAGUCCCUGGGAGAAAACAGAAAGAAUCUAUCAAGCGCAGGUCCGCUCCUGAGCGAGCAACAGAGUAUGCAAGAGAUAAAAGAGUCUUCUUUGCCUGUUUUGAAUGAUGAAGCGAAAGAACAAUCUGUAGAGCUGCAUCCCGCACAAGUUGGAGGCUUGCAGACCAAAGAACAAGGAAGUAAAGAGAAGAAAAAGAAGCGAAAUAAGGAGAAGAAAAAGAAAAGGAAAGCGAAGAAAAAGGCUCAGAAGAAAAGCGAGAGUUCAAAAGGUCUACCACCGGUGAGUAACGACACGAAUUCAUCACCUGAGGAAAGUCCGGACGAAGACGACUCUCAAGCAACAGAUUCCGUCAUUGAAGAUCCAGAUAAUAGUUUUGGCUACCUCAACAUGAACACAGCUACUUUAACAUAUAGGCAUAAUGUUUCGGAAGUUGAUGGACGCGAGGAUUCUGACGGGGAAGACUUUACACUUGUAAAGUAUACUCGGCGACAAUCGCAAGUGAGAGGAAAUGAAAUUUCAUUAGACAGUUCAAGGCAGUUUGAGGAGAAGGUAUCCAGUCUUGACUGCAUCGUUUCAUCAGGCGAAAUAUUUCAAUCAUCCAAUAACGUCAGUACUCAGCCAAACGCUGAGAAGCAACGCUUACUUAAAGGCGGUACAGAAGAGACUGUAAAAACUCCGAUCACAGCAACAAAAGUUAAAUCGACCGAGCUAUCAUCUGAAACAAUUAUGGCAUCACGGGAUCACAAGGCAUCUGCUAUUACCUCUAUAGACAAAGUCAGCAGCUUGAGCCAGAAAAAGACUGAAAUCCCAAACCUUCACAAUGUCGAAGACUUUCCAACUUUGGAAAGAGAGCCUUUCGAGGUAUCAGUGAGCUCUUCUGGUGCUGCCUGGAGCAAUUCGAUAGCACCUCGCGUGCCACUUGGAGUGACAACUUUUCUGAACAAAAGGCCUGAUCAAUCAUCAAACGUUUUUCCUAUCCACCAAGGUAGUUCCUUUGGUUUUCUUAGCUCUCCUUCAACCGAAAAGGGACAACUGUCUCCAACACCAACCUCAGUCAUCCAGACGGUUCAAAACGGUGGUACUACAAUAACGACUAAUACGCAUGCGGAUCAGCUGACUGGUUUGAACAAUCAUGCACCAAUCCCGGAAAAGGUAUUUGUCGUUUGUGAUCACUUUUUGGGUAGACGGCCUCCUUACGACAGUGCACAGGCCAAGACCUGUCAAAGCUGCGAGGAUCUGAGUUUGCUAAAGUACGCUACCUGGAAUGACAUCCACCGUCAGUGGCAAGUAAUACGGCAAUUCCCUGCCGGUAUGAUUCCACCCACAGCUGUACUUGAUAUAUGCAGGCAUUUUGCAACUAGAAUGUCUUGUCGAAAAGAGCCGUGCACUUUUGCCCAUGGGGAGCUAGAAAGGCAUAUCUGGGAAUUGCAGCGAGAAGGCAGACUUCCCACCCCUGGAGAGAGCCUACGUAUGUUACGAUCCACAAACGCAACAGCACCCACACAGCUCAUAACACAGGUAAAAGAUGGUAAUUCCACUGCGGCUCAAGUGAUUAGCAACAGAUCAGGAUAUCUUAUGACAGCUUCUUGCAGAGAUUCAACUGCAAAUCCUCCUUCUGGAUUUGGUACUGUCACGAAUCCAAGUCUUCCAUUGAACACUUUUCGCGGAGUUCAGUUUGGAAUACCUUUUAAAAGCAUCCCUAUUAAAAGCAGCCCUAUUCCAACCACACCUGCCAUUUUUGCAUCCCGAGCGGCUCUUACACGAAUUCGAACCGAUGCCUAUAGAAACCUUACUGAAGACAGUUUUAACACUAAAUCUCCUCUCGUUUCAUGCUCAAUGCCCUUGGCACCUGGACAACCUCCACCACUCGUUCAACCUUUACCUACAUCUACUAUUAAGAUUGCACAAACGGUCUUAACAGGAGCAGAAGCAUCGGAAAAACCUAUAACACAUAUUGCACCUCCUACUAACAUGACGCCAAUGGUUAAAUCUCUGAAAGCAGUUUCACCUCAAAACGAUCAGUCUUCAUCUUCGGAGAAAUCUGAAAGAAGUUCAACUCCAAUCCACUACUCGGCACAAAAAUCCAUUCCUACUCCCCAGGAGGUUGACCAGAAUGCUACAUCCACCCAAAGUUUCAGUGGAGGAAGCCAAGCAAAUUCUCAACCUUCCACUUGGUCUGGCGCCCUCAAGUCCAAUGGAAGACCGUCUACACCGAUUCAAAAGACGACUGCCAUCCCUUCAAUUAACUCUCCUAACGAUUAUAGAAGGGUCCCUACUGGAGUAUACGUCGUGUGCGACGACUUCCUUUGGAAAAAUGGUAGGCGGGCAGCAAGUAUUUUCGAGAAAAGCAAAGCUUGUAAAGGUUGUGAGAACCGGUCGAAGCUCAAGUACGCUUUCUGGAGUGACAUUUGGAAACGGUGGGAGUUAAUAAGGCCGUUUCCAAAAGAGGUGAAAAUUACUGUUGCAUUCCAGGAAUGUCGUCAGUAUUCCAAACACGAACGCUGUCUUAAAGUACCGUGCUCAUUUGCCCACGGUGAGCAGGAGAAAACCAUGUGGACAAUGGAAAGAGAAGGGGUUCUUCCAACCCCACGGGAAGCUCAUACCGGAUCAUCUAGUGGCAUGCCAUCUGCCUCUGCCGAAAAUUCCGCAGCCAAGCAGCCUCCAGUCCGGCUGCUGCAUAGACCACCCCCACCAGGAGUGACAAAUGGCUCUUAUAAAUUGUGCAAGAGCUACUAUACAAGUGAACGAUGCAGAUUUGGCAGAGGGUGUAUCUAUGCUCAUAGCCAGGAAGAACUGAACGAAUGGAAACAGGAGUACGAUAGAAAAGUAAUGGAGAGCCGUGCGAUGGAAAUCAAAGAGAAGGACGAAGAGUUUUGUUCAGAAAUGAUAUCGAAAAUUUUAAAGGCACCACCAGAAGAUCGAGUGGAAUGUCUGGCCGGAGUUGAGGUUACUUGCACUCCUCCCGAGCUUAGUGUAAAACUUCGUGACAAAGAGCAGCAUAAGUGGACAUUUACUCUUAGCUUCAAGCCAGACGAGGUAGGAUCCUUACCAAAUGUUUUUCUCCUUCACCGAUACCACAGCUGUUAUCACUUGUCAGAAAUUCGCGUUGGUUGCAUUGAAGAAAAGCAAGGCUGUGAGACGUACAAGCUUUUACCCACAGCCAAGCUGGAAGACUCCUGGUACAAGUCACCGAGCCCAAUAAGGCAGCUUGGGCGUGUAAAGGUGGCUCUCACAGUCUCGUUCGAAUCUCCUCUGUAUGGAAGCUUUGAACAGUUAGUUUUAUUCGACUUUGGGAGGAAGCCUUACCUCAUGAAAAAACUUAAUGCUGAUGUUACGAGUGAGUCAAUAACCCUUCCCAUCGCACCAGAACAUCUCGCUACGCAUACGCCUGCAAUAUGGGACGAAAGGUCUGUGGAAGUGGUCAGAUUCGUCCACGAGACAAGAGAGGCUCUUAAGGCAGAACACUUGUCAAGGAAGUACAGUCUUCCCGGACAAGUAGAAAUCACUGAUGAGCUCCUGAGCCCUGAGAUCUACAAAGACGUCAUGCAUCAAUUACUAUUUGUGGAGGAGAGGUUCAUGAAAGAAGAAAUAUCACGUUACACCUUAAAUAAUGCCCAGCUACAUGCUCAGUGGAAUAUUUUCGACGACAUGUCUGGAAUGAAGUGUGCUGUGGAUGGCGAAUUGUUUGGUGUCCUCCAUCUGCAAGAAGAAGACGCUCUACGACCAGACGAUGCAGCUGGCCGUGUCCUUUACCGCAACGUCAAUUCUGUCUGGCUCCAACUGGCCAAUAGUGGAUCUAAAACGGUUUACGAGGCUCCAGUAGAGAAAGUUGAGAGUGAGUGCGUUGUUCUAAGACUCCCGUCCAAACUGUGUUCAGACCUAAAGCUGCAUGACACCUGUGAUGUUGCCGUUCAUGCUCAGUUCCAGCUGAAUCGGUGGCCACUUUGUCAGUUGCACGAAGCUGUUGAAAGACUUACCUCAGGACAGUUACGUCUCAUAUUCCCGGAUCCAAGUGUUGGAACUGUCAUAAGUGAAGUAAAAAUUCGUUGGCAAUGGCUUCUCGACAAGCGUUUGAAUUCAAAUCAGAAGAAAGUCAUCGAAAGGAUUGCUUCCCUUGAGGAUAAUGCCCUCCCUCUGGUUGUAUUUGGUCCGUUUGGAACAGGAAAAACAUUUACUCUUAACCAAGCUGUGCGUCUUUUGGUACAGCUGGACAAAUCCCACAGAAUUCUGUUAUGCACUCAUUCUAAUCGGGCAGCAGACAUCCACGUGGAAUUGUUGCAUGGAUAUCUCACCAUGAAUGGAAUACCUGCAGCAAGGCCUCUAAGGGUUUAUCAGCCAAUGAGAAGACUCGAAACUGCAUCUGAGAUAGCCAGAAAGUAUUGUUUGAUCAAGGAUGGUAUGUUUGUUUUGCCUUGUCGGGAUGACGUCGUUGAGCAUCGCGUAGUGAUUACAACGCUGAGCACAUCACAAGUGCUACUUGAUCUGGAAGUGUUGCACGGAUUCUUCACUCAUAUCCUCAUCGAUGAGGCCGCUCAGGCGCUUGAACCCGAGGCGUUAAAUCCAUUGAAGUUUGCGGGAACAAACACGAAAGUAGUCUUUACGGGAGAUCACAUGCAGAUGAGCCCAGAAGUCUAUUCGCCUCAAGCGCGAAGUUUGGGACUGCAAAAGUCACUGGCUGAAAGGCUCUUCGACCUCUAUGAAAAGUAUGAGGCUGAAGCACCCAAGAGGAAUCCCAACCUAGAUGAGGAAUCCAAUGUUAUGUGGCUGACAGAAAACUACCGAUGCAAUGAGUGUAUUCUCAAGUUUCCCUCUGAAAAUUUUUAUGGUAAAAAGCUGAUUGCUCGUGGCCAUGAAUCCCAACCGAAGCACCCGAAAUAUGGCCCCCUUUUAUUCUUCUCCGCACGCGGUAAAGAAACAAAAGAGCAAGACAAUUCUUAUCUAAACUUAUCUGAGGUUUAUGAAGUAGAGAAGAGGGUGAAAGAGAUUGCCGACAGUUGGCCAACUGUUUGGGGCCCCAAAAUUCUGUCUGAUAUUGCAGUACUGUCCUCUUACCGUUACCAGGUUCAAGCCAUACGAAAAAGCUUACGACAGGUAAAAGAUCUGAGGGAUGUAAAGGUGGCUACAAUCCAUAACGUGCAAGGAGAAGAAUUUCGGGUGCUUUUUAUCAGUACCGUGCGCACAUUUCAUACCUGCAAGCCUCAGCAAGAGGAAUUGCGUAACAGUGGAUCAGGUCGACAACUUUAUUGGGAAUUUUUGUCAGAUCCAAAAUUACUUAACACAGCUGUGACGAGAGCGAGAUGCAUGGUGGCAGUAGUGGGCGAUCCUGUCUCUCUUUGCACAGUGGGAGAAUGUCGUGGAAUCUGGAGAGACUACAUUAAGAGAUGUAAUAAGGCGGGUGGCCUAUUUGGGACAACAAUGGAAGAGCUAUCAAGAGAAAUAAGCGCUUCUAUUGCCAGUGUCCAGCUCAAUCCUGAAGCUAAGACGUUCAUUCCAAGUUUCGUUCCAAAGCUUGAGAAGAGCUUAGGCGCAAAAGCGCCCGAAGAGAAAACAAUAGAAAGUGCCCAAGAGGACGUUUAUGUAAGGCAGGUGAUAGAAGAGAAAAAUUUUAGGGAAGUUGUGGAAACAGAGAGCGACACCAGAGAGGCAAGUGGCCAGCAAAUCUCGAGUGAAGGAUCGGCGGAAAAUGAUACCUUGGACAGCAAACGUAUACCCAUUCUCAGCCUUACGGAGCAGGAUCAGGAUCAGGGUGAAGAAGAGCCUGACGACGACAAUGGAGAUUCAAACGACUUUCAAGAUAGCCUUCUGGAGGACGAGACAGUAUUUCCUAGAGACAUGGACGAAAUAAUUCAGGCAUUUGUCCAAAAAUGCGAAGAAACACUGAAAAUGGACGAAGAACGCAAAUCAAUUUUUGACGACUGCGAAUUCCCUUCUCUUCAAGCGGUGGAAGGCUUGAAAAAGCCACCAAUCGAGCACGCACAACACUCUGCAUUCAAGGGUGGUGCCGACAUAAAAGAUCUGUUUCCAGAGGUACGAGUCAUAAACGGCCGUAUUGAAGUGCGUCUUACUAACCUUGGCUUUUACAAUUCUCCCUCUGAAAGAGCAAAACGAAUCAUGAUUUCCUCAAAGCAACAGGAUUUUCUUGAUCCCUCUGUCUUGAUGCAGCUCAUUGCAGACGAACCUGAGAAAUACAUUGUAUGUAACCUUCGUCUUAGUCCCGAAAAGUCGCAGGUGGGUUAUGCAGAGGUAGAAGAUACCAAGACGCCAUCCAUUCACAUCAAGGGAAAGCUCCGUCAAGCAUUCGAUAGAGACAAAGUUGUUAUAGAGCUUGUUGAGAGGAAAGCCCGUUCAAAUGCUGAUGAAAAUGAGCCAGGGGUCCAAGGAAGAGUUGUUGGUGUACUUGAACACAUAAUAAGUCCACACGAACGUCAGUUUGUGUGUACAACAGAUUACGCAAAUCCUGCGGUGAUGGUGCCCAUCAACAAAGCAGCAACUAAACUGGUCAACCUUACGGACAAGACUUGUGAGGAUAUUCCAAUGUACAGAAAGGAUCACAACGGAAGAGCCAUAAAAGUAAAAAUGUUUAAAAAAGAGAAAGUCCUCAGCGGGAAGUACCUCUUUGUUGUUAAAUACCUUCAGUGGAAAAGAGACUUCUCCAACCCUCUUGGUAUCGUUGUGCGAUCACUAUCCAGAGGACACGACUUGAGAAGUAGCAUGGAGAUUGCGUACGCUGAGCAUGGGGUAAGACGAGAAUUUAGAGAACAGACCUUGAGGUAUGUGGAAGACAACUUUCCCCUAGGAUGGACUAUUCCUGAAGUAGAACGUAAUAAUCGCACCAAGGUUUCCGAUGCAAUCACAAUUGAUCCUCCCACAUCCAUGGACCUUGACGAUGCCUUGACGAUCGAGAAUAUAUCGCCUUCAACCUUCCGAUUAGGAAUACACAUUGCCGAUGCCAGCUUCUUUGUUAGACCAAACACUCCAUUAGACGAUGAAGCAUUCUCUCGUUGCUCUUCAUAUUACCCCCAAAACGGACAUGAAAAUGUUCCUAUGCUUCCGCGCCAACUUAGUGAGAAUUUUUGCAGCCUUCUCCCUAAUAAGGACCGUCUUGCAGUAUCGGUUUUCGCGACCAUUAACGAAGAGGGGAUAUUAGUUGAUAAACCAGAGAUAAAACGCACAAUUGUUCGAUCCUGUUGUCGUUUGAGCUAUGCUGAGGCUCAGAUGAUCAUCGAUGAAAAAGAUGCGAGCACAUCAGAAAUUUCAGAAGACAUAAAGGGGAAGGUUAGACGUUUAAGUUCCUUGGCACAAAAGAGUAGAUUUCAUCGCCUCCGAGAUCGAGCAUUCGAUCACUGGCAAAACGAAGGAAAUGACUUUGAAGCCCACGAGCUUGUAGAAGAAUGGAUGAUUCUUGCAAAUCAAGAAAUCGCAAAACUUUUAUCACAAAAGAACUCUGAAUUAGCACUUCUGAAGAUACAGCUGCCACCAAAAGAUCACAGACUGGCCGAAUGGAUUCAAAUGUACGGCAAGUAUACCAGAAUGUCACUUACGUUAUCCGCAACGUUCACGAAGGACACAACAGACGCCACACCACUAGAGGCUUUUCAUGAUGACAGCAUCAAGUUUAAGAUCCAGAAGCAAGUUUGGCGUGCAAUAUGUCAAGCCGUCGAGUCAAACGAUUUUCCCACACUUCAAUACCUGAUUUGUAACGAGAGUAUUCACCCACAAAUUGCCACAGCUGUUUCACAUUUUCGACGUAUACAGUCUGAAUCUCGAUGCGUUUGCGAAGGCGAUCAACCACCGGAGAACAUUUGCCACUACUCUCUCGGAAUACCUCGAUACACACAAUUUACGUCGCCAAUAAGGCGGUAUAUUGAUAUCGUGGUGCAUCGGCUACUAAUUGGUCUCGUCUUGACGUCUUCCACCAACUACGCAGUUAAUCUCCCUACUAAAGAUGAAGUUUUAAAGGUGUGUCGACGAUAUACAUUCAUCCAAGACAACGCACGUAAAUUUGAAAAGUAUUGCAGGAGGAUCCACCUGGCAACUCAGCUUCAGCAACGGUGUCGUGAGACGCGAGUUUUUAUUGAAUCCAUUCAGCAUCAGUCAAUGUGUCUUCAAAUCUUAAAUAGAGAAGAUGACCUCUUGGCUACUAGGAACAAAAGAAUUGCCCUCAGUCACCUCAAUUUACUGACUGUGGAUGAAAAAAAAGAAAUUCAAGGUGACGAGCAAUCGAUCAUUCUCAAAUGGAAAAUCAGAAAGUAUGUGGCGCCAGAUCUCAAGAGAGACACUACAGAGUCAUCCACUUCUAUUUACAACGGCAUUGACGAAGUGAUCGAAAUUCCUCUUGAUGUUUGGGUCUCUGUGUUGGAUAUGAUUCGAGCUAACGACAAGGAGAAUCUAACAACUACAAUCAAAGAAGUAAAAGAGAAGCUUAGCACUGUGCCUUCCAAUCGUGGGAAGGACACCUCAGCUCAAACGUCUUUUGGCCACGUGCAUGGUAUCCAUUACAAGCAUCCUCAUCAAAAUGACGAGGCACAGCCGUCAUUUGAAGGAACGGUAGACCAUUUUUACGAGAAGAAAGUUACACUCAGGAAAUACGAUUUCCUGUCUGUCCAGCUCUGUCCUCACAUGAUACGAGGAAUCCUCGAACCCGAUGUCCAAGUAUUUAAGGUAGAUGUUCAUCUUAAUAUCUGCAUUGAACACCGUAAGCAUCCAAGGGAGUCAUUUUCGCACACAGCGAGACACCAAGCAUCAAGGGAACGGUAUGAAAGUAUCGACGAAUACGUAGAGGCUUGGAAACCAGUUCUUGCUAUGGAGGCAGCGACAGAAGCAGUAAAGGAGAAUGAUGGGUUCACUAUUGAAAACCUUAACGUGGUAUGGAAACACAAGGCUGAUUCUGCAAGAGGAGAGUUUAAGCUUCCUUUCAGCUACUGUCAGAGCCGUCAGCUAAAUUUUUAUGAGGGAGAUUUAGUAUGUAUCCGUAUGUCUUACUCCAAAACGUCGCCUCCUUCUGGGGAAAGUGAAAGCCACGGAAAGUCUUCCAAAGACAAUCUACAUUCUGAUUCAAGUGGAAGUGCUAGUGACUUUUGGGUGGCACACUGCAUAAUCAAAGAUGUUAACUUUUUUAAAGAAAAACAGAAGGUAAAAGUUAUAAUGUAUCUUCAUCAAUCGGCGUCAACCAUACCAGAGGGACUUUUCAACGAAGAAGGUUACAGAUGUACUUUAGAACUCAUCCACAGAACACUUCCUCAAAGACGAAUGUAUGCAGCGCUGUGCAAUUUGGAACACUCAUCUGAGCUAGUUCAUGCCAUUUGCAGAGGAGAGGAGCCCUCAAAAGAAAGUUAUGGCGAACUCCCCACAAGCCUGUUUUUGACACAGUUUGGAUUUAAGAAGUUGAACACAUAUCAAGAGGCCGCGGUCAAAGAAGCACUUUGCCAUCCAUUCACGCUAAUACAGGGCCCACCAGGUACUGGGAAAACUGUAACAGGAGUACACAUCGCUUACUGGUUCGCGGAACAAAACAAGAAGAAAAAGUCUUUGAAGCCGUUGAAAAAAGAGACAAGUGAAACUGAAUGUGAUGGAGCACACAAAUCACCGCCUCAAGUUAUGUAUUGUGGACCGUCUAACAAGUCUGUGGACGUGGUUACAGAGCUCCUUUUAAAAGUACCAGAUUUGAAAGUUUUGAGAGUUUAUAGUGAUCAAGUUGAGCAGAAAGAGUUCCCAAUUCCAAACAAGUUGAAGCCAGCUCGAUCAACGAGGAGUGAUGACGAACUGAAAAUCUCCAGUGACCAAAUAAGAUCUGUAUCCCUUCAUCACGUGAUUAGAGGUCCUGAAUGCCCUUUUUCGGAGAAGCUCAGGAAAUAUGAAGAGGGAUUCGCUCAGUGUAAAGCGAUGAAUGAAACGAUAGGCCAAAAGGAAGUCGCCGAUUACCGCAAGACCAUUGGACUGGCUGAAGAGUGGGCUCUUCAAAAGUCUGGAGUUCAAAUCAUUCUUUGUACUUGCGCAGCUUCGGGAAGUCCUAGGAUGGUCUCUUCUUGCGACAACAUCCAGCAAUGCAUUGUCGAUGAAUGUGGCAUGUGCAUGGAGCCUGAAUCACUCGUGCCUAUUACGUGCUCUGGAGCAAAACAAGUGGUUUUGAUUGGUGAUCACAAACAACUGCAGCCUGUAAUACAAGACCACGUCGCAAAGACACUUGGCUUGAGUGUGUCAAUGUUUGAGAGGCACUCUAAACGAGCUACAAUGCUGGAACUUCAGUACAGAAUGCAUGAUGGAAUUUGUGAAUUUCCAUCAACACAAUUUUAUAAUAAAAAGCUACGUACAGCUGACGUGGUGAAGUCACGUGCUCCUAGUCCCGUUUCCUUUUGGCCUGCACAAGUGCGCCGCCAGAGGAAACUACCAAUUGUCUUCUGUCACGUUGAAGGGCAAGAAGAGUCUGCUCCCAUAGCAACCUCAGAGAGCAACGAGGAGUCCAAAAGAAACAUGAAAGAAGUUCAUAAGGCAGUUCAAAUAGCAAAGCAUCUUGUUAACCGUUACGUGGCCCAUGUGCGGAAGUCAGAUGUGGUCAUCCUGUCACCUUACAGAGAACAGCGAAGCAAAAUCACUGAGCUCUUAAAGGGAGCAUAUGAGGAUAUCAAAGUUACAACAAUCACUAAAAGUCAAGGGAGUGAAUGGGAUUACGUCAUAAUAUCGUUGGUUCGGUCCGUGAACCGUGACGAAAUAGAUCCUGAGCCUUCCCCUUCUUGGCUUCGUGAACAUCUGGGGUUCUUGACUGAUGAGCAUCAAAUGAACGUGGGACUCACUCGAGCACGCAGAGGACUUUGCAUUAUAGGAAACAGGUAUCUUCUGGCAUUGGAUCCAGCGUGGAAAAGCUUGUUAGAGCACUACGAAAAGAAUGGCUGUCUUGUGAAUGAGGAUUGGCCUUGGCCAUAAUUGGGUCGCAAAUAUAUAUAUGUAUAUAUAUAUUUGCUUAAUCAACAAGAACUGAAUGAAACUAAAGUCAGCGGAGAAUAUUUGAAAACAGUUUUUUCCAAGUUUAGAGCUUUUUUUGUAUUAUCUUCUAGGGAGUGGUACUUUUGUAGGACAAGACUAGAAGGAAAGGAAUGGAAAGGAUUUCGGAAACUUGGUGUGAUGAGAAUGAGAGGAUAUUCGGAUUUCUCUCUCAAGUCAUCUUCUAUAUCUUUUUUAAGUAUUAUUCAAAAAAUGAAGAUCAGGUCUUUAAAAGACGCGUAAAACUAACUUAAGCAGGAUACCGUCAUCCUCUAGGUAUCGCUUUAACAAUUUGGCAUCUGAUGUGUAUGCAAGUAGCAAUAAGCAUAAUUACUUCAAAUCAGAGGAGCAGAUCUGGAUUUUCUCUCCAAAAAUUUUAGACUGACAAUCAUUUUUUCCAAUAGAAAAUUGUUUUGUAUUAAACCAAUAAACCAAU